AUGUAUAUUCGUGCAGUCCAAGAGGAUAUUAUUAACGCGUACGGCCAUUCAUCCAAUCGUAAACCACAGUCCAAUUUAUCGCCAGCUGAACACCGUAGCCUUUCCGACCUUCAAAGACGUGGUGAUCUGGUUAUAAAAAAAGCUGAUAAAGGUGGUGCAAUUGUGGUAAUGAACAAAACUGAUUAUAUUAACGAGGGCAUUCGGCAGUUAUCUUGCACAACAUUUUACAAAGUCCUCGAAGCUGACCCUACGGAACAGAUCACAGCUAAUGUUAUCCGUAGCUUGAAAGAUCUGAAAACCAGCAAAAAGAUAGACACCACCCUGUACGAGUACUUACUCCCUAGAGAUCCCGUGCCAGGCAGAUUUUACAUGCUCCCCAAGAUCCAUAAACCUGGGAACCCAUGGCGCCCGAUAGUUUCGUGUAACGGUACAGCUACCGAAAAUAUUUCCAGCUUUGUAGAUUAUCUUCUUAAAGAUAUACCCCCAAAACUUCCAUCCUACAUUAAAGAUACAUAUCACUUCCUGGAAAUAUUAAGUCAGUGCCAACCUGCUCCCUCAAGUUUGCUGGUCACGCUAGACGUUUCUUCCCUCUAUACCAACAUCCCCCACGAAGAUGGCAUUGCUGCAGCUCAAAGGGCGUUUUUAAAAUAUUCGGACAACCCAUACGAUCCUCGUGUUCUAUUCACAUUCCUUAACCUUAUUCUGAAAAAUAACAACUUUGAAUUUGAUGGUAAACAUUACUUGCAAGUCAGUGGCACGGCUAUGGGCACUAAGAUGGCACCAAAUUAUGCAAACAUCUUUAUGGGUAAUCUGGAGGAGGCAUUUCUGUUCGAAUGCGAGAAAAAGCCGACGUUGUACAAGCGUUUUAUGGACGACAUCUUUAUGGUUUGA